AUGGACAGCGAGGCCCUUUUCCAGCCGAGAAUCACAAUUGCCGAGACUUUAUCAUGUCCGACCGACCAAGGGAUCGAAUUGCACCAGUUUGCUAAUCAGCUGGCUAUCAAUGAGCUGCAGUCACCCCUCAGCCUCGCUGAUGUGACAGACACGAACCAUGUUGACGACAUGAUCCAGAGAUACAAUCUCCGCGAAUUUAAUCGGUUUGAGCUGCUACUCCCCAUAGCUCAUGGCGCCCAUGAGAAAGUGAGGCAAUACGCCAACGUCCGAGAACGCUCCGACGCCGAGCUCGAGGGAGCAAUAGGGGACGACCGAGCAAGAUGCCUAUACAAAAUCAAGAGCGGCAUAAAGGAUGACCUCAAGUCAUAUGCAUCCAAAGUGCGGCAUAUGAACAACCUCUGUCUUGUAGAUUAA